GAUAACCUAAAUGAUACAAUAAAAGAGGAUGCUGCAGAUAUAUCUAAUGAUAAUCCAGUAAAUAAUUCAGAAGAUUUGUCAUGUUCUUUUUGCCAACAAGAGACAAACUCAGUUACCUUAUCCCCCUGUGGUCACAUUAUAGGAAACUAUUGCGCAAAUAAAUUCUCAAGAGUUCAACGGAUAUGUCCUUUUUGUAAUAAAUAUAUAGACGGUUUUAAAAACUUAGUUAAUUUGGAUGAUUGUGAAUUUGAUAAAGGAUCCAUGUUCCGAUUUCGUGCCCUUACUGAAAUAGAGUUUGGUCGUUUAAAGGAUAGUUUAAAGAAUGGUAUGACUGACGAAGAAUUCAUGGCACGUUUUUGGUAUCUUCGACGAUGCCAAGAACCUGAUAGACGACUGCUGUAUAACAUUCAAGAUCAUAUUAUAACUAAAGAAAAUCGUAAGCAUAUUGCAGAACUUAAGGCUAAGCUUUUAUCUUCAAAGUCAUCCAUAGCUUCAGAACUACAUUUGUAUCAAAAAACAUUUAAACAAGAAAUAACUGAAUUUGAAAGAAAAACGUUGGAUAAAUUUUUUUAUCGAUUAAAAAUAUAUAAUAUAAAGUUCGAAUUUGAAAUACGAAAGAUAUACUUGAAUUGCUUAUAACGUUAUUAUUGAAUUAUGAAAUAAGUUUUUAUAAGAAAUACUGUUUAAAAACACUUUGAAAUUUAUACCUA